AUGGCGCCUCCUCAGCGAUCGCCGGCGAAUCCGCUGGCGUUCACACCGGGCCCGGUCACCCUCAUCACCACAUUCGUGUACCUAGCCCUAUUGAUCCCUUCACUUGUCAUUCACCAUGUUGUGCCGUCCGCUCCGAGCUCGAAUUCCCGCGAAGGGUUGAAUCUCACAGAAGCCUGGGCCGAUCUUCAAGUGCUUACUGCGGGAUUCCACCCAUAUAACUCCCACCGCAAUGAUGCAGUUCACGAUUGGUUGCUGCGACGAAUCGGCGAGAUCGUGGACUCUCCUUCCCCGGGCGAAUAUGACUCCGUCGACGUGAAGAAGCCCGACGUGUUCGUCUUCGACGAUACGCACUCGAACCUGACAUUUACUGGGGAUACUUUGACCGCUGCCAGUCUGGGUGUAUAUUUCGAGGGUACCAAUAUCAUUGUCUACAUUCGUGGCUUGGAAGACGGUCCAGACCGCUGGUGGGAGGACCCGGAUGGGAUGCCAACGGGCAAAGGAGGUGUGCUAGUGAAUGCCCACUACGACAGUGUCUCCACGGGAUACGGGGCCACCGACGACGGAGUAGGCGUCGUGACCUGUCUGCAACUGAUCAAGUACUUUACGACGCCGGGAUACGCUCCACGAAAGGGCUUGGUGGUGCUCUUCAACAACGGCGAGGAGGACUUCCUCAAUGGAGCUCGCGUGUACAGUCAACAUCCCAUCUCCCGUCUCCCUCAUACAUUCCUCAACUUGGAGGGGGCCGGUGCCGGGGGACGCGCCGCCCUGUUCCGCAGCUCCGACACCGAAGUCACUCGCUCUUACAUGCGAUCACCCCAUCCGUUCGGGUCGGUCCUGGCCGCCAAUGGGUUUGACAUGCACCUGAUCAGCAGCCAGACAGACUACGUGGUUUUUGAGGGGGAUAUGGGCCUGCGGGGUCUGGACGUGGCGUUCAUUGAGCCUCGGUCCCGAUACCAUACGGACCAGGACGAUUCGCGACACACCAGCAAGGACUCGCUCUGGCAUAUGCUCUCGGCGGCAGUGGCUACCACGACGGGACUGGUGUCGGACUCGAGUGACCAAUUCGACGGUCCGCGGUCCAAGGAUCCUACCCACAUUUCUAGUGGAUCGGGUACCGAGGCCGUGUGGUUUGACCUUUUCGGCAGCACCUUCGUCGUCUUCCGUCUGCACACGCUAUUUGCUUUGUCGGUGACGCUGCUCGUCGUGGCUCCUCUAGCGCUGCUCGUCACCAGCAUCGCCCUCACCAGGGCCGACAAGAUGUACCUGUUCCGCUCGUCCGUGAAGCCGGAGGCCGGUCUCGAGGCCGUCGCCUUGCAGGGCGUCCGGGGGUUCUUCCGGUUCCCUUUCCUCCUUGGGAUCCCAAUCGCCGUGACCAUUGGGCUGGCGUACCUGGUGACGAAAGUGAACCCGUUCAUCGUGCACAGCAGCGGGUACGCCGUGUGGAGCAUGAUGAUCUCUGCCUGGGUGUUCCUGGCCUGGUUUGUCUCCCGGGUGGCCGAUUUUGCGCGCCCGUCAGCCUUCCACCGUGUCUACACGCUGACGUGGUUGUUCGUUGUGGCAUGGGUGCUGCUGGUGAUCACCACGGUGUACGAGAACCAGCGGGGACUAGCUGGAGGGUACCCUGUCUUCUUUCUCUUUGCCGGCAUCUUCGUCGCCACCUGGAUCUCGUACCUGGAGCUGUUUUCCCUGCCGCGGAAGUCCGACUAUGCCGGUCAGAUACUGCCCGCUUCCGGGCACGCCAGCAGCCAUGGUAGUCGGCUGGGCACGUCUUCCGCCGAGCCUAUGGACGGGGACGACGCGGAUGUCGAGGAAGAACCGACGGAAUCGACGUCCCUGCUGGGCAGCGGACAGCGGACGACGUUUGCGAACUAUGUACGAGUGAACGGCGACCACGGAGAUCUCAUGCAUGGGGAAGACGAGGCGGAGAACAACCCUCACGUCUACGGCAGCGAACAGGCCUGGAGUUGGCGCAUGCCCAAAUGGACCUGGGUCCUGCAAUUCCUCCUGAUUGCGCCAGUGGUGCUCAUCCUGGUUGGCCCUCUGGCCUUGCUGCUCACGAGUGGGCUGCAUCAAACGGGCCAGGAUGGAAGUCCUCGUCUGUUAGUGUAUCUCGCGUUGGCGGUGCUUACGACGCUCUUGCUCAUGCCACUCUUGCCAUUCAUCCACCGGUAUACGUAUCACAUACCGACAUUUUUGCUGGCAGUGUUUGUGGGGACGCUGAUCUACAACCUCGUCGCGUUCCCGUUCUCGGAGACCAAUCGGGUAAAACUCUUCUUCCUACAGGAAAUCGAUCUGGACACGGGCAUCAACCGGGCGUCUCUGACGGGCAUGCCACCGUUCGUCGACGAAGUGGCUCGGGGACUGCCCAGUGCGACUGGCCAGAAUAUCAGCUGCGCCUGGCUGGGGCGUCGAUCACAGUGCUCAUGGGUCGGAAUCCCUCCAGUAGUCACCAAGGAUGACGCCCCAAAUCCGAGACUAAACAAUAUAGCCGACUGGGUCACCUUCAACAUCACCCGAUCCACCAAUCAGCCGCGGGCCCGCUUCGAAGUCUCCGGACUCAACACCCGCGCCUGCAAACUCACCUUCGACUCCCCCAUUUCUACCUUUCACGUCGCCGACGGCGCCGUUGAUCCACGAUUCCCUCACACCUCGCCCACGGGUAUCCGCGAGAUUCGUCUCUGGAGUCGCACAUGGCAGCGUACCUGGACGGUGGACAUUGAAUGGGCGGAGCCCAAUGCGGAGACGGAUGGGAGGCUGGGGCUGGGGCUGAGCGGCCGGGUGGCAUGUCUCUGGAGUGACCACAACACGGCCGGGGUGAUUCCCGCACUGGAUGAAGUCAUGCAGUAUUCGCCAGGGUGGGUGGCGGUGAGUAAGUUGUCAGAUGGAUUAGUUGAGGGCAGUCGGGCGUUUCAAUUGGUGGGUAACUAA